AAGAAAAUCUGUUGCACACUUCCGUUUCCGGUCCGUGCCCUUGGGGCUCCGUGUCCUGCAGGCUCUGCCGGAUACCUAGUCGGCCAUCCCAGGAUAUGGCGGCUGCGGUGUCCCGGGUCUGGUGGCGGGGGCUCCUGGGGACCUCAGCUGUAGCCAGGGGAGCUGGGCGACCCUCCGUGGUGUUGCAGGGGGUAAGGAGGGAGAGCGCAGCAACCGACACGCGCCCUACUGUCAGACCACAGAAUGAUGUGGCCCACAAACAGCUCUCAGCUUUUGGAGAGUAUGUGGCUGAAAUCCUACCCAAAUAUGUCCAACAAGUUCAGGUGACUUGCUUCAAUGAGUUAGAAGUCUGUAUACAUCCUGAUGGGGUCAUACCAGUGCUGACUUUCCUCAGGGAUCACACCAAUGCACAAUUCAAGUCUUUGGCUGACUUGACAGCAGUGGAUAUCCCAACCCGGCAGAACCGUUUUGAGAUUGUCUAUAACCUGCUGUCUCUACGCUUUAACUCAAGAAUCCGUGUGAAGACUUACACAGAUGAGCUGACGCCCAUUGAUUCUGCAGUCUCUGUGCACAAGGCAGCCAACUGGUAUGAGAGGGAGGUCUGGGACAUGUUUGGAGUUUUCUUUGCUAACCACCCUGACUUAAGAAGGAUUCUGACAGAUUAUGGCUUUGAGGGACAUCCUUUCCGGAAAGACUUCCCCCUCUCUGGCUAUGUGGAGCUACGCUAUGAUGACGAAGUGAAGCGUGUGGUGGCUGAGCCUGUGGAGUUGGCUCAAGAGUUCCGCAAGUUUGACCUGAACAGCCCCUGGGAGGCAUUCCCUGCCUAUCGUCAGCCCCCCGAGAAUCUCAAGCUUGAAGCUGGAGACAAGAAACCUGAAGCCAAGUAGUUCCACGAAGGCAUUUGGAGAAUGCUUUAUCUAUGACUGUAAAUAAAAUUACUACUUUGACUCACAA